UGUCGAGUUUCGAAACGGAUAAGUAGCUCUAUAAAAUCAUUUUGAUUGUGAAAAAUUACAAGCCCUAUAAAAUUCUUUACGACUCACAUUUUAAUCAUUUUAAAUACAUAUUUUACAUAAACUGUUUACUUGUCGUAUCAAAAAUAAUCAAAAUAUCCAUUUUUAUCGGAUAUUUUAUCGAAUUCAUCAGUCUACUGUGAAAGAGAAAGACGAAGAGAGAAUAAAAUUAUUGAAGAGAGUCGGAAUAACGACCAACACCGAAAUUACAAAAGAACAAUUGUUCUAUAUUUGUUUGGAUUCAACUAAUUAAAGAAUUUUUAAGACAAAAAAUGGUGCAUGUAGACCGCUAUCAACCAGAAAACCUUAGAAAUGGUCGAUCACGGGGACCAAGUCCAAAUGGACACAACGGCUCACCUGAUACAUCUGAUGAUGAUUCGACCAAAAAUGCAAAAGGAAAUAAAUCUGGUAAAUCAAAGAGUGAAUAUGAAGAAAAAAUUCGUGUUGGCAAAGAUUAUCAAACAACGUGUCCAGAUUUUAUUCCGCCACAGGAUCGAAAAUUAGAAUCAUUGAACGAUAGAGCACUUUUGGUAUGGUCACCAACAAAAGAUAUUCCAGACAAUAAGCUUGAAGACUACAUAAGUGUAGCAAAAGAAAGAUUCGGUUAUAAUGGUGAACAAGCAUUGGGAAUGCUCUUCUGGCACAAGCAUGAUUUAGAGCGUGCCGUUUUGGACUUGGCCAAUUUCACACCAUUUCCCGAUGAGUGGACUGAAGAGGAUAAAGUAUUAUUCGAACAAGCCUUUCAAUUCCAUGGAAAAAGUUUUCAUCGGAUACGUCAAAUGUUGCCUGACAAGUCAAUUGCCAGUCUAGUGAAAUAUUACUAUUCAUGGAAGAAGACACGUAGCAGAACUAGUGUUAUGGAUCGUCAAGAGAAAAUGAAAGCAAAAGAAGGCUCCGAAAAUGGUAGCGAAAAUGGCAGUAACGACGAUUCAGAUAAUGAAGACAAGAAAUGGCCAUUACACAGAGGUAUACGACGUGCAAGUCGAUCACCACCACCGCGUACUUCUGAUGAAUCAAGUAACAGUGUCUCUUCGUCUGCCAUGAAACAGGCUAGUCCAAAUCUGAAUGGUGGAAGCAGCAGUAAUGGCUCGAAUCAACUGAAUAUCGGUGUCGGCGGAAUUUCAAACAAUAAAGAGACAACUUCGAAUUUCAUUGGCGAAAGUUCGUCAAAUGCCGCAAACUUGCAAAAUACGGCCGGCUCAAGUUUAACAGCAAACAACAACCCAAACACUUCGACUAACGACAAAGACAAUCUUAAAUCUUCAAUAAAUGCCAGCGCAGAUGUUUUUGGGAAUGUUGGUCAAAAUCAAAAAGAUUGUGUUGGGUGCGGUGUACCAUGCAAUCACACGAACACAUCAUCUCAUGGUGCAUUAUGCAAAAGUUGUUUUCAUCACUGGAGUCGAACCGGUUCGUUGCGACCAACAUCUGGUCCAGGUUUGAGUAAACGAUCACGCAACAACACCAACAACGGUGUUGAACGGCACAAAUCCAAAUUACCGCGUGGCAUGUACAUCAAUCACGAUGAUAUUGUUAAAUUAGCAUCACAAGAGUCGUCAAACAGUCGUGGUGAUGAUCUUUUAACUAACAUGGAUCGUGAAAUAAGCACACUUUUGAGUCAAAUUCAAAACAAUAAACAAAUGUCCAGCAGUUUGAAAGUAAAGAAUUCAAAUAAGGCAGCAAGUGUAUUUCGACCGGGCACUAUAACGGCCAAUAGAAUAAGCGCAAGAUGGAGUAAUGAUGAAUAUCAAUUGGCAAUUCAAGGCAUGCGUAUUUUUGGGAAAGAUUUUCAAUCGAUUGCCGAAAUUAUUGGAACAAAAACUGAGUCACAAGUCAAUCAAUUUUAUACAAAUUAUCGAAAAAAAUAUAGUUUAGAUGAUAUCCUAAAAGAAUAUGAAACGAAAAAGUUACAAGAACAACAGCAAAAACAAAAAUUAAAUGAAGCAAAACAAAAGGCAUCAAGAUCAAAUUCAACAAACAGCAACGAUAUUAAAUUCGAUCUAAAAAAACCGGUGUCAAACGAUGAAAUCAUGGAAAUUGACUUAGUUGACGACAUUCCAAAUAAAGAUGACGAAGACAUGGAUGAAGUUACCAUAAUUGAAACGGACUCAAUGCCAUCAACAACCCAAAAAUCGACAAAUUUCGAACAAUUAUUAUCAGGCGAGCCAAUGGACUCAAUAUCGAUCACAGCGAUUUCUAGUAGUAGUGGCCAAAACGGAAGUACACAUCAAUCGGAACCGAUUCCCGAAGUCACAAUCAGCCCAGCUGGUUCUAAUUCAACAAUCACAUCAACCACGUCUUUGAUGGCAAUUGUUGAACAAUCAAAAGCAGCCGCCGUCUAAUGAGAUUGAAUUUUUACUAUUCAAAAUGCUAAGAAUAGGUUCAUUACGAAAAAGAGUUAAACAGAAAAUGCAGGAAAACCCAUAAUUACUAUUCAAUUUGCGGUUAAAUGCAUUAAAAAGUAUAUAUAAAAUUACAUAUAUAUUUAUAUUAUAUACAAUUGAGAUACAAAAUUUAGGGUUAUAAGGAAAAUAAACAUUUGAAAUGAUUUGAAAAAAAAAAAUGAUGCCGAAAGAAAUCGAUUUGGUUUUGAAAAUUCUGAUCGUCUCUCCGUUAAAUAUUUUUAAGCAACGGUCAAACAUUGACAUCCUUUGGCAUUUCAAUUGUGGACACAAUUUAUGGCACUGCGUGUCUUUCAAUAUAGAAAAUUAUUUAGAAUGAAAAUAAUUUGGUGGAAGAAAUGCACUGUAUAGUGCUUGAUUCCAUGCCACAUUUCACAUUAGUUGUACACAUUUCGCUCAUUACGUCCUUAUUCUCAUUUAAUUUUCUUUUUCAUCUUAUUUUUCUUAUUCUAUUUAAAUUAAAUCAAGAUAAGUCAUAUAUUUUCAUUUUAUAAAUUGAAAAAAAUAUUUGCACGUAAAAAUAUAACACACAUUUUGUUUGUCUUCACAUAUCUAAAACAAAAAUAACAACAGAAAGAAAUUGUAUUGUGCUUACUUGGAAAUGAAAUCAUGUGUGGUUAAGAAUUAAACUCGACUUUUGACGAACUCAUUUCCUACUUUAAUGAAAAAAGAAAACAAUAAGUAAACUGGAAUAUAUCUACUCACUUUGUGUACUCAAGGUUUUCAAAUAAACUAAAUGGAAAUGUUGAAUGUUUGAACAAAAUUUCAAGCAAUACAAUUUAAAUUAUUACACAGGAAAAUUUAAUAAAAAAA